AUGACUUCUGAUACGAAUUCAGUCGAAAAUGACGAACAUGUUCAAUCCACGCUGAGCAAGUAUCACCUGUCCAUUCGGGGUGCGUGCAACUUUGCCUACCGAGAUGUCUGGGGUCCACGAGAAAAGUCAAUGGGAGACCCGUGGUCACCAAGUAAUCCUAACGGAACCGUCAUCCUUCGCCUGGCCGAGAAUAGUCUCAUGCACGAGGAAGUCGGCGAAUUCAUCCGUGAACAGAUGAACGUUUUGCCAGUAGAUCACUUAACAUACAGCACUGGUCCACGGGGGUCCCGACGACUUCGAAGUGCCGCAGCUGCGCUUUUGAAUGAGCAAUUCCAUUCUCGAACACGUAUCACAUACGACAAUAUCAUUGUGACUCCCGGCCUAGCCAGUGCCAUUGACGGAAUCACCUUUGCAAUUUGCAAUGAAGGUGAUGGAAUUCUGAUCCCUCAGCCAUUGUACAACGGGUUCAAUGUCGACAUCCAGAACCGGAGUAAUGUCCGAGUGGUAGGCGUCAAGUAUGAAGGAAUAGAGGGGUUUGGCGGUCUGGAUGACCUUUUUCGACCAGAAGUGAACAGGCUAGCUCUUGAGGCUACGAUUCAUCAUGCAAGAGAGGAAGGGAUCAACGUUCGCGCUCUAUUGGUGUCCAACCCGCAUAAUCCUCUAGGAAGAUGUUAUCCCCCCGAAACGCUACGGGAGUUUGCAUCCUUCUGUGGGAGAAAUGACCUGCAUUUGAUCUCUGACGAGAUAUAUGCAUUCUCCGUCUUCCCCAAUCCCCAAAUCCCAAUGGCGACUAAAUUCACCUCUAUACUCUCUCUCGAUCUUGUUGGUGUCAUAUAUCCAUCCCGCAUGCAUGUGCUCUACGGAGCAAGCAAGGACUUCUGUGCCAACGGACUACGUAUGGGUUUUGUCUGUACCAAAAACGAAGGUAUCAUGGGGGCGAUGUCUAGCAUUGGGAUCUUCUCUUGGUCUCCACAUAUCCUGCAAGAUGCAUGGGCUGCAAUGAUGGAGAACAAGCUGUGGUUAGACAGAUUCAUGGCCCAGAAGAGGAAUCUGAUGGUAGAGCGGUACAAGACGACAACUUCAUUCUUCGCGAAGCACGGUAUUCCUUUCUACGAGAUGAAUGCCGGGUUAUUUAUCUGGGUAGAUUUACGCCAUCUCCUUGUCGCCAAGUCGGCUGCUCAACAAUCAGACCAUAGCGCCCUGAGGGUGACCUCGCCAAACGGUCCAGUCUUUCUCCGGCGCGAGCUGAGGAUUGCAGAGAUCUGCAUGAAGAAUGGGGUCAUGAUUGCCCCCGGUCAUGUUUAUGUACCAGAAGAAUAUGGCUGGUUCCGUAUCACCUUCACCGUGGGGAAAGAAGCAUUGCAGGAAGGGUUGGAACGUUUCAUGGCAUCUAUCAAGCAGGUGGAGGCUGAACGUCAAAGCUGGAAAUAA